GCCCGUCAUCGCGACACUCGGCCUCGGCACUCGUCCAAUUUUCGUUUGAUUGCGCCUGUUUCGUCCAGUGUCUCGCCGAUCGGCGUCCAGGACUGUCGAAAUGAAUGUCCGCCACGCUGAGAGUCCGUGGCGCGAGAACAUUUUGCUGCAGCUGAACGCGCGCAAUAAGCUGCAAAACCACAGCUUCCAGGAGCUCAUCUCAUGUCACAAUCGGAUUUUUGAGAGUGCAACCGCCCUUCGAUCAGAGAACCUGCAACUGAGCAUCAGAAAUGAGCAGCUGCGACAGGAGGGCGCCGAGUUGAUGCUUAAAGGUGUGCCUGUGGACGGGAAAGCGGCAGACCGCAUACAGACUCUGGAGCAGAAGCUGCACAAGAAGCAGGAGGAGCUCACCGACCUUCUGCGUGGAAAGGCCGAGAAUGCGCAGGCACUAGUUGAGCUCAACCGCCGGCUGAAUGAGAAGGAAAAGCUGCUCGCUCUCAGGGACCAAGGGCUGAUGGAGGCCGGCGAGAGAGAGCUGCACCUAAAGGAGAAGCUGCUAGAUACUGACGCAAGGUGUACCGAGCUCCAAGCGUCCAGCGACACUCUCAAAGACGAGCACUACGCCCUGCACCUGGCCUUUGAGGCGCUGCAGGAUAAGCUGAGAAAGGCUCAGGAGGAAAAUGCAGUGUUAGUGGAAAAACUGAUGAAGAUCAAGGCCAAAGAUGCCGAGAAAUUGAACGAGGAAAACGACAAUUUCGUUAGAAAGAAGCAGGCUCGAGUGGCCCAAGAGCUGGAGGACGCUGCCAAAGAGACAGGCAGCAUCUCCCCUGAGAGAGGAAGCUUUCCGGGCGUCGAGAGAGACAUUGGCGCCGUUAUGCCAAGUAUUGGCACCUGCUUGCCGCAGAGGGUUGUUCUUAGAUUCGACGCGCACGACGGUGAGGUGAACGCAGUCAGGUGGAGCCCUGUGGACAGAAUUGUGGCCACUGGCGGACAGGAUAGGAAAGUCAAACUUUGGGAUAUCAGUAAAGGCUCAUGUGAGAGUAAAGGAACGCUAGUGGGCAGCAACGCAGGAGUGACAUCGUUGGACUUUGACUCGACAGGUACCUUCAUUCUCGCCGCGUCCAACGACUUCGCCAGCAGAGUGUGGACAAUCAACGACGAGCGACUAAGGCACACUCUGACUGGUCACUCGGGCAAGGUUAUGGCUGCCAAGUUCUUGGGGCAGUCGACCAGGGUGGUCACCGGCAGCCACGACCGUACCCUCAAGAUCUGGGACCUGCGCUCGAGAGCCUGCGUGGAGACUAAGUUUGCCGGGUCGAGCUGCAACGACGUGGUCACUUCAGAGGCGUUCACCUUCAUCAGCGGACACUUUGACAAGAAAAUCCGCUUCUGGGACGCGAGAUGCGAGAGCGGCUCUUCUGGCACGGCAGCCAACGAACUCGUCCUCCAGGGCAGGGUCACCUCCCUAGACCUUUCCAAAGAUGGGAACCUCCUUCUGGCUUGCGUCAGGGAUGACACCCUGAAGGUGUACGACCUGCGGAUGAAGCAGGAGCUCCGCGUUUUCAGCCACGACAACUUCAAGGUGGGCUGCGACUGGAGCCGGGCCGCGUUUAGCCCCUGCUCGGACAUGGUGGGCGUCGGCAGCGGCGAUGGCGGCGUCUUUGUUUGGAACACUAAGACCGGCCACCUCAUCUGCGAGAGUAACCACAAGGAACACAGUGGUGCGGUGACAGCGAUUUCCUGGCACCCGUACGGUGGAUUCUUAGCCAGCGUGGACAGAGGAAAGAAAGCCAUCAUCUGGACUGGAGAAUAAAGCUAGAAUUGACAACGAAAGGCUCUGUUGCAUAUGUAUUUAUUCGCUUUAAACUAAUGUCUGUAUAAAAGGGAUCAUAAUUAAAUGUUCUUAAUCAAA